AUGGAGGGCUCUUCGAGAGCUGCGAAAGCGGCGGACGUUGGCCGUGGUAUCCUGUGUUCUGCGUUGCCCAAGGAUUUCCCUGUCAUCUUGCCUCCGUUACCAACAGGUGAAGAAAAAAUGCGCGCAGUUGUAUUGUACUGCAACGUCCCUGGGAGCCCUUACAGAAUCUACGACUUCCGGAAGCCCUUAAAAGAUGCUGGAGUAAUUCAGCAAGUAGGUGGAAUUGGUGCAUACCAACUGUCGCACGUGUGGCUGCUGAACAUGCAGACAGAUAAGGCAAAGCAGACGCUGCUAGACGCCGGACCGCUACUGGUGAAGAACCGGCCAUGCCACGUCAUUCAUCCAGCGCGGCAAAAACUCAGGAUUAAGCUACACUGGGACGCGUUCGACGUCACCUCCGAGACCAUUCGACGAGCCUUCCGAGAGUAUGGCGAGAUAAAGGAAGUCAUCAGUGAUCGGUGGAAGGCCGAGGACUUUGAGGGCGCCAAGUCAACGACUCGUCUAGUCCGUCUUUUGGUGCGCGAAGGUGUCACACCAGACCGCAUCCCACAUCAGACGCGUCUUGGUAGCGGCACUGCGUUAGUGGUUGUGCCUGGAAAUGCCCCGUUAUACCUUCGUUGUCACAAUACUGGACACAUACGACGUGAAUGCCGAGUGCCCUGGUGCGCUGCUGGCCGAGCGGUCGGGCACGAGCAGGCUAAUUGUACUCGCGCUUACGCCAGGGUUGCAAGCGUAGGCGGUGAAGUAGACCGGAGCGAGAUGCUCAUGGACGAAGAGGAAGCGGAGAGUGGGCUCGGGUGGUGGCGUCUAUCAGCGACGCGGCCGCAGUGGCGGCGACCACCAGCUAUGCAGGCUCGGAAGAGAACAGCGCUGCAGGCGCUCGGGUGGGAGACGCCACUGUGGAAGACGCUUCGACAGGAAAGUAGGAAGAAGAUUCGGCAGAACGCCCUGAUGAAACCAACUUUUUAG